CAUAUGACCAAAUUGAAGUCGUGUGAUGUGAAUUGUGGAAACUGCAGAAACACAAAACGCACUGGGACACUGUGUUCAGCGGGAACUCCUCUGGUGGAUAUGUUCGUAAUGAUGUCAGCUAACUAGUUUGUGUUGACCCACACGUCAUGCAUCUACGAGCCCCUUACAGCCUCACCUCUAGCUGAGCCUCUCCCUCAAACAUCAUGGAUCCUGAUCAACAGACCAGCCCUCUCCCCCAUCCCAGUGCAGAGUACUUGUCUUGGGACUACCGCCUUCAGCUUAUUGGCCUUGGCUUUGGCUUCUAUGCAGGAAUAUUUCUCCUCUGCCACCCCCUGUCUGGGGCCUUCUCCAGCACCUACAACUCCCUGAUAGCUAAGGAGAAGGUUUUCUGGAACCUCGCUGCAACUCGGGCAGUUUUUGGCAUCCAGAGCACCGUGGUGGGCCUCCGAUGCCUGGUUGAGGACUCAGCAUUAACCAGAGACAAAGUGAGAGGGCAAGAAGACUGGUCCUGGUUCAAUGUCCUCACAGCCACUGGUUUCUUUGUGUUUGAGAAUGUAGCUCUUCAUGUUUCCAGUGUGGUGUUUCGAUCAUUUGAUCUGCCACUGGCGAUGCACCACUUCUUUGCCCUGUCAGGAUACGCAGGAGCAGUGAUGUGGGAUUCAAUGGGCCACUUUUUGCCGAUGGUUACACUGCUGCUGGAGAUGAGCACGCCUUUCACAUGUAUAUCCUGGAUGUUACUGAAGGCUGGAUGGACACGCACCCUGCUUUGGAGAGCCAACCAGUGGGUGAUGGUCCACACUUUCCACUGUCGCAUGGUGCUCACAUACCAUAUGUGGUGGGUGAGUUUGACCCACUUGAACGAGCUCAUUACCCAUGUGGCCAUGCCCAUGCUCCUCCAAUUCUUCACUGGCCUCGCUCUGCUCACGUUCAUCCUCAACCCUAUCUGGACGCACAAGAAGACCAUGCAGCUGCUCAAUCCUGUGGACUGGAACUUUGGAAACAAACCUGCACCUGUAAACUGCGCCGCUGAGGGUCACUCUGAAGGUUCUGUCAAACCCCACGCCAGCUGAUGGGCACCAAUGAAGAUAUUUUCCUACCUUUUUAGGAGGCCAUAUUUUUUCGUUUUAAGUGAUGUGUGAGGUUACUUUGAGAGUGGCGAGAGCUAGAAGGAUUGAUUGUUUUAUACAACUUCUGUGGGAGCAAUUUCGGUAUUGCAAAGCACAAAGUCAACAAAGUAAUGUGAGGAUGGACAGCAUUCUCAGUCAAGCAUGUGAGCCCAGUACAGAAGACACUGUACAUUUUGAUAGUACAUGCAGAAAGACUGAUAUUUACAAGGUCAGGACAAGAUAGUUUAUUUUUCAUUAUCUCUAAGCAAGCACUAGACAAAAUAUUAACUAAAGAGCUGAGUAAUUCAGGACAUCAUUAUCAUCAUGACAUUUGGUGAAACACUAGCAGUUCCUCACAGUAUUUGCAAAUGAUUUAAAAAAAGUCCUUUGUGAACCUUGCGAUUUUCUUCACGCUUCACUUUGUUGUUGGUUUAUUUUAAUUUUUUCCCCAUCUGUUAAGCUUAAAUGUCAUGAGGUUUGGUUAUUUUUGGCAAUGGAAAAGAACCGUGCUAGUUUCUAUCAUCUUCAGAACACUGGUUUGGGAAAUAUCCCGUUUACAAAGGAUGUUAUUGAUUAUUUAAUUACAAUAAAAUAAUCACAAGCUUUUGACAAGAGCCAUUCAGGAGCACAAAUGUACAAAUGGAAAGCCUGUUAAUCAGAAUAAGUAUAGACAGGAGUCUUAACACUUUUUGCAGCCACUUAACAUAUGCAUUCAUUCAAUAAUUAUACCUGAUAUGGCACAACAUAAAUCUUUGUCUACUGACAGCUGUUUUGUGUGUUGCUAAUAAUAAUGGCAACAGGCAAUUCAUAAAAAGUUCUGCGGGACAUGAUAUAAGACAGGGGAAAUUAUGUUAGGAUUCAUCAAACCACGCAGUAAUCAUAUGGCCUUUUUAAUACUUUGCCCUUUGGUGCUUAAGUUUAAAUAUUAGGGUUCAAUAGGCUAUUCAUUGCAGCUAUUACAUAUGAAGUGGACAAUUUGAUCAGUACAUUUACUGGAGUUCUGCAAUGGGAGCCCUCCCUCAGAAUAGAGGGAUGUAUUUAACACCUUUAAAGUACUUUCCUUUGUUUGUGGAAGAGAGUGCAGGACUGGUCCAUUCCAUUUUUGGUUUAAAAUGGAGAUGUGAUGUUUCAAACCUUUAGUAGUGUUAUUAAAGAUGAACUAAUGUUGAUCCUGAUCUAUUUUUGUUGCCAUUUUGAGUCAAGUAAGGUGUUAUUUCUACUUAUGCAAUAUCUGAAUCUGGGAAAAUGUGAGGUUUUUCACACAAUAUCCUCAUUGUACUGGAAUCCUUGGCAUCGUGUCUUAGGAUUGUCCAUUGUCGUAUCUCGUCGUAGCUUUUGUUUAGUUCACUCUGAAGCAAACUGGUCCUUUACAUUGUGUUUUGUCUUUAACAGCAGCACUGCUCUAGCUCAUAUGUACGUAUGUUUAACAUCUGAAAAAGUAUAGACAUAUAAUGUUUACCCUUAGUAUGAAUCUAUUUUCAAAAGUGACAGCUUUAGAGUAUUAAGCAACACCUUGAUUUGGGCCUGAGAAGUACGAAGCUGGGUUUCGCUCAUCAAAAUUAUCCAAAUAACUGUAAUCUGCCUCAGGAUGAUGGAGACACAUUGUAUCCUUUUGAAUGGAUUGUUUUCUACAUCUGAUCUUACUAUAGUAUUACUAAAACAUGACUAAUAUCGAAGAGAGUUUGAUUUUCACUUUACAUUUAAUUUGUUGUGAAAGCAUAUCAUUAACAUUAUGAGAUGGGUGGAGGAUUUCCUGUGAGCUCUAAGGUUUAACAUCCUGUCUGUGUUGGGAAAUGCAAUAACAUGAGUUAAUUUGAGUGACAAAAUAAAUGGUUGGCUCUCAAACUGCAUUGUGUCUCGUGGUUUUGUUCGUUAUUAAGGCUGUGCAGAAGAGCAGUGGUACCCAGACUUAGGGUUGUCAAAGCUUUUACAAGCAACUCUUAACAGGAGAUAAUCUGCUUUUUUUGUAUACCCCUUUUUACCCCACCUAUUUUUUUCUAGGCUCUUGUCUUUUUAUGUUAUAUGUUCUUGUUUAUGUUCGCACUGUGGGACUGCCAGAAAUGGUAUUUCAAUUUUUGUGUAUGUAUAACACAUGUGGAAACUUUGACAAUAAAGUGGACUUUGACUUUGAAAAA